AGAUUCCCCGAAGCACUUCAUUGGUAGCUGUGUUAGAUUUUUAUCACAUUAGUUAGUAGGCGAUGAAGCAUAUGGAGUAAAGGCCAUUAGUAUUUCGUGUGUUUCGGUAUAAAAGCAAGUUCUCGAAGUUAGAAGACAACAUAAGCAAAAUGAAUACCACAAAAGUGAUACGCGAACUCGCCAUCCUGCUGUUGCUCACUGCCAGCUCGAGCCCGCUUGUACAUUCGCUUCGCGCUACACCUUUGCACUUCGGCGUAGCCCGUAAUGCGGACGGUGAUGGUAAACUGGUAAUCUACGCACAGGAUGAACAACCGACCAUACAGGAACCACGUCUCGAUGCGAAUGCGCAGUCAAGUGAAAGUGCUAAGGACAAAGUAACGACACAAGAAAGCGAAUUGGAGAAGGAUAGCCGCAAAUUACCCGACUAUCUAUACUCGAAUGCGAUGCCGGUGAUGGAUGAUGAGAGCAUUAAAUUUAUGCUGCCAGGUAUCGGUUAUCCCAUUUACACCGGCCAAACACCUAACACAGCGGCCAUAAUGGACAAUCGUUUGACAUCGAGUGAUAUGCGCCGUAAUUAUCCUUACUAUGAUAAUGCUUAUCCACGUUGGGCGCUUACCGAUCGCUUACAAGUCGGUUUCAAUUUGAACGGUAAUGCUGGCUUAAAUUUAUUGGCCUCAGCUGGUAAAUUGCCUAAUGGUGGCAUGAAUCAAGAGAAUUCUGGUCUACAACCACCUGCUACCAUACUGCCUGUGGCUGUGGUAGGACCGCCAGGUCCACCGGGACCACCUGGCCCACCCGGUCCACGCGGACUUACCGGCGCAACCGGACCAGUAGGCAGACCUGGCCUGCAAGGACGUACUGGCCCACCUGGACCACCAGGUCCUGCUGCACAGCAGUUAUCUCAUGGCUUAAAUCAGAAUCCAAGCAUUUGGUAUGCAUCAAAAUGAAAAUUAGUAGGAAUAGAGAAUGGCUCAAAAUCAAAAAGAGAAAUGGCUCAAA